AUGGGCAGUGUUGGUAGUGGGGUGGCAGGGGAGCAGGAGUUUGCCAUGAAGUCUGUGGGAACGAGGACAACCCUGCCUCGCGCCCCUCCUCUGUCUCGCCGCUGUCCCGCCGACCGAAGCUGCAGCGCCGAGAGACUUCCCCGGCUCCCGGCCAAUAUCUCUGACGGGACUGUAUCGAGCGACGAGCGAGGCAGCGUCAGCGUGGGGACCGCCACCUGCACGGCCACCGAUCGCCCCACCGAGACCGCCUCCACCACUAACACUGAAAGCACCAUGGCUCCCUCCAACAACAACCAACUGGACUUGGGAAGAGGGCCCCCGGAGAAGAGCGCGGUGAUGAUGAGCCAGCACCAGCACAGGGAGAUGGCCUCAGCGCGUAACGACGGUGACAUCAACCCCGCUGGCGGACACAACCCGCCCAAGAUCAUGCCCGUGUCCGGAAAGCUAGAGCAGGUACAGGCAAUGCAGAGCAACGCGGGCUUGGUGCGGCCGUCUGCCUUCAAACCCGUGGUUCCUAAAAGUUUCCACUCGAUGCAGAAUCUGGUGGCUCAGGCUGGAGGAACAUCUGAGGGGAAGUGUGAGACCAGAGGAGAAGGCUACAGCGAGAGCCGGAGCAGGAGAGCCAGAGACGCAGAGGCUGGAGAGGUCCCCGAGGCCCUGCUGCUGGACCAGGACAGUCCUGUAAGAGUCGCCCGGGGGGAGGGAGUGGGCAAUAACAAUGAAGUGGUCCAAGGAGGCAUGUCCGACUCUGGGAGGAACUCUCUGACCAGUCUGCCCACCUACGCUGGCUCAGGCCACGGACACCCUGCCGUGUUGGGGCCGCUGAGUGCUUCUACCAGUCAUAUCAACAGGCUGGGCAUGGUGGGGGCAGCCGCGGGCCUCGAUAAGAUGGACAAGCCAGGAUACCAGAAUGGACUUAGUGCCUCGGAUAGUGGUCGCUCCUCUUCAGGGAAAAGUUCCUCGUCCUAUCAGCGGCUGAGUCACCUGACCGAUGCUCCGGCUCCGCUCCGCCCCUCGCCCUCCUCCGAUGACAUCAUACAAGACCUGGAGGACCGUCUGUGGGAAAAAGAGCAAGAGGUGCAGCACAUGCGUCGGAACUUGGACCAGAGCGAGGCGGCCAUUAUUCAGGUGUUUGAGGAGAAGCAGCGCGUGUGGGAGCGGCAGAUGGACGAGCUGAGGCAGAACUAUGCAUCCCGGCUGCAGCAGGUGACGCGGCGAGCACAGCGCUCUCAGACUGCUCUUCAGGCGCAGAUUGGCAGACUAUCCCAGGACAAGAGGCGUCUGCAGGAGGAGAUGGCUGCUCUGCUCGCCCAGAGAGAAGAGCUGGAGAGAAAGUGUCUGGACUACAGGAAAGAACAAGCUGACAUCUUGCCUCGACUUGAGGAGACCAAGUGGGAGGUGUGCCAGAAAGCAGGUGAGAUCUCCCUGUUGAAGCAGCAGCUGCGAGAGAGCCAGGCGGAGGUGACCCAGCGAGCAGGGGAGAUGGUGGCUCUCAGGGGCCAGCUGAAGGAGCUCAAUGCACAGCUCAGGGAGAGGGAGGAGACCAUGCUGGGCCUCAAGGACUCCUACAGCACCAAGAGCCUGGAGCUAGAGAAGUGUGAGAACGAGCUGCGCAGGACUCUUUCCGAGGUGUCUGUCCUCCGGGAGAAGCUGGGAGUGUUUGAAGCAGAAGUGCUGAGUCUGAAACGGGCUCUGAGUGAAGCCAGUCGUGGUGCAGAGGUGGUCAUGAGCCCAAACUUAGCAGCAGCAGGACUGUUACCACCCUGGGGGAUAGUACACUGCCCUCGAAACCCAAACGAACCCCCCAACAGCACCCUCACUCCCCCCUCAGACACACUGCUCAGCCUCCAGAGCGACGAGGCUAAAGCCCAGCGGCAGGAGGCCCAGAGGCAGGAGCGGCAGCAGCGAGAAGAAGCACAAUGGCGCCAAGACUCCCACAUGCCCCAAGCCCAGCUCCGACAAGAGGCCCAGCUACGCCACGAGGCCCAGCUUCGCCAAGAGGCCCAGCUCCGUCACGAGGCCCAAAUCAGCCAAGACCUGCAGCUGAGACAGGACGCUCACCAGGCCCAUCGCGAGGGCAACUGGGAGGAGGCCGGCGAGCUACGCAGACAGCUCGAACAGCUACAGUCUGCUUUACGUUUGGAGAGACAACAGCGAGAACGCCAGGCCCUCAACUUUGACCAGGAGCGGCACACGUGGCAGGACGAGAAAGAGCGAGUUCUGAAAUACCAGGCGCAGCUGCAGCUAAGUUACGUGGAGACUUUGCAGAAGAAUCAAGCUCUGGAGAAACGAAUGACGCAACUAGGCAGCAAAUCUACCACUGCUUCCACGACCACAACCACGACUACAACGGCAACCACCGCGGCGUCCCCGACCUCCUCGAAUUCUCCCCCUCCGUCCGUCACAGUGUCGCCCAUGUCUCCACAGAUGCCGCCUUCUUUGCCCGGGCCCAUUUCUCUAACCCUGUCCCCGCCCUGUGAAGAUCAGAAAGCCUCUCCCUCCCUCCACCACCUUGCACCCCCCUGGGCAGGACCGUCUCGUCUGGAGAGGAUAGAGUCCACCGAAAUAUAA